UUAUUAGCUUCCCAAAUAUGUUUUUAACAAACAUUACUUUACUUUUUUUUUAAUUUGAGGAGGAUGGCGUACAGCAACAUGUUGCUAUUUUUUGGAUUUGUACUAUGUGGAGGACUGGUGGACGGUGCGAUACAGUGUAAACAAUGCGCUGACAUAAAAAAUAUUACACCACCGAUGAAUGCAACAGACGACUUACCAACAUGUCAUUCUGCAUCACCGACACCGUGUAAUAGUACAGCUUUUGGAUGCGCAGAAUUCAAUGGAAAGGUGUCCUUUGAAAAUCUAAACGGGACAACAAAUGCGACCAUUAAGUACCAAUACUGUACAACAAGUCGUCAAACAAGCUGCUACCGUUAUACAAACACAAAUGUUAUAAACAAAGGCAACAGUAGUAUAAACGACACUUCAGGGCUUCCGAAUGCAUUUUCGGAAGAAACGCUAGAUCCAGCAAAACUAGGGUUUGGAUUAGGACAACUUCAAGGUAUAAACGGACGAGUCUGCACGCAUGAUUUCCAGUCACCUGCAGUUGUAAGCGGACAUAAUAAAGUGUUCCCAAGUGUUGUCAUUCUUUUAUUGGCAUUGAUUUGUCAGUAGGCUGUCAUCUGUGAACAAAAUCUCAAAUAAAACAAUAAACCAUA